AAAUGUCUCGGCUAGCUUAAGGUAAUGGUAAAUAACCUUUUAUGUAAGAGGUUGAACACAAACUAUUCAGUAACAACAUAUACCUGUAGCUAAACAAAUAUUACAACACUCACAGUCGCAUUUUAUUUAUCUUCUGCGUAGAAUUGCUUUUAUUAAUGCUGUACUGAUGACUCGGGAGAAGAGUUCCGAUGUAUCAUUUUACGAAACCCACUUGAGUUUUAGACUGGUCACGCCACAGCUGCAAUACUAUUGGCUGCAAUGUGGCAAAAACGGCUUAUUGUUAAUACUAUUUAAUCAUGCCAAUACUGUAUCUGUUUUGUAAAAUACAAGCAUGGUUGGGUAAUAAAUCAAACUCAUAUCUUAAGGCAGCACUGUCACUCACUCUCCCGCUCACAAUCCAUAAUUUUACCCAUAAUCAUGAACUAUACGACCGGUGAUCAAUAGUACACUGUUUUCCUAGAAGAAGAAAAAAGACUUUUUUUUUUUAACAUAAUCACAAUUCUUUGAUUCAGUUUGUGUAUGCUACUGUAUGUAGGGGCAUUUACUGUACAUCUAGGACAGCUCGUCAGGGUGGGAUGGUGAGGAUAAUGCCUCCCUCCCACAUAUUCAAGAGAGAAUCUUUUUUUUUCAUGCUCGCUCUCCUUGCCGCAGAGCUCUGAGCACGCCAAUACACAGGGUAGGAGGUGUAGAAAAAGGGCGGGUCUUUCCCCGAGCUCAGCCAAUGCGCGUGAAGGAGAGCUGCUUCCAGAUCGGAGUGCCCUUGUCGUCUCAGCAUUGGGAUCCAGAGAGGAGGCAAAGCAGGACAGGCAGGUGCUUGGAAAUUGGUCACAUUGGAAAUAUCUAAAAGGAUGCCCAGAAGCAAGUGAAUAACGUACAAGUUCAUAUUUUCCGGAUACGUCAGGAAACGGUGACACUAGUCUUGAUUUUUACAAUUUUUUUUCUUUUUUUUUUUCUUUUCUCUCUUUACUUUGUUUCCCAGUUUCCUCACUCGGUGGGAUUCUCCUUCUUUCUUGCGCUCUUCAAGGACUGCUGACACACACACAGACACACGCAUCUAUCUACUCGAGCACAGCCGCCAUGGAAACCGGGAGUCCUAGGAAGAUACAGUUCACCGUCCCGCUACUGGACACCCACUUGGACCCGGAGGCAGCGGAACAGAUUAGGAGACGUCGACCAACACCUGCAACUUUAGUGGCAUCCAGCGACCAGUCAUCACCAGAAAUCGAUGAAGACCGUCUUCCCAACCAGCUCUACAAGGCUGCCUUGUUGAACUCCCCUCGACAGCGGCGAAAAGGACAAAAAGGAACGCCCACGAUGAAAGAGCUGCAGUUUCUGGUGGAGCAUCACCUAUACAGGCAGCAGCAAGGAGGCGCUGACGAAUGCUCCUCCGAGAGUUGCCUGUCGGAUAGGCCCAGCCCCGACUCGGUGGCCCCGGGGGAGGAGCUCCCGCGGGACGACGAGGCUACCGCCGAAGCCUUUGAGAAGCUGCGCUGCCAAAUGGAAGCCGAGUUCUCCAGGGAGAGUCUGUCAGAGGCGGCCGUCGACGGAUCGGAGUGCCCCUUCUCAAAGGAAGAAGACGACGACUGUUCCAGAGUCGCUUCAUCAGAUCCUUCAUCGCAGCUUAACGAGGCUCAAGCGGACACAAAAGCGGCGACAUGCGGCGGCACCGGUCAGCUAGCCGACGAGAAGACAAAGAAGCUCAUCCCGGGGACAGAAAAAUAAAUGUUGAAAAAGAAGAUAAAAAGAAUGAAUGAAAGCACUUGUGUGUACAUCAUAAAUGCUGCUCCUUCUACUCAGCCAGCUCCACACGAUGACAAAAAAAUUUUGUGUUUGUGUGUGCGCGCAGACUCACUUUCUAGCCACAUCAGGACAGUCCUUCAGGGCCUCAGUUACCAGCCACAAAACAACCUUCAUAAAUAGCCAUACAGUUCCAAAGGGAUCCUUACGUUUUUGCUUCUGUAAUUCCAAUUUCCCACGAUUCAAAACACUCAUUUUAGCGUCGCACUUGCGUAUUACACAUCUCCUGUCAUGUCAGCAUUUCAUUGAAUCACACACGAUAUCAUUUUAUGUGCCAUGACGUCUGUGAUUGUUCCAUUGAAGCAAUAACACCCCGUUUGUACCUCGUGAAAUGUUACGUUUUCAACACGGUCGCUAGUAGCAUUAGUGUAGGUUUCAUUUUCACAUUCCUAACUGGCAUACGGGGAUAAAGUUAUUCAUUCUCAAAUAAAACUAAAAUAAAGUCAAACGAUUCACCCUUUGAUGACACCUGAUGGACGUAACGUAAAAGGGAACAGGAAUUGGUAGAUAUGUGAAUAGAUGCAGUGAUACUUUUCAAUAAUUGUCUUAGUUGCCAUAAGAUGAGGCCAUCUAUAAAGAAAUUGGUCUCAAGGAAGUAAGGUGAAGCAUCUCAACUUCGACACAAGCUUUUAUGCAAAGCCAUUUGAGCAUUUAGCCGAUAUCCAGUUUCAGGUUCUUGUACUACAAUGUUUUUUCUUUUUUUGUCUUUGUGCACAAUUCAGUGCAC